ACACUACUUUUUUCUUUUUUUUUUAAUCAAAGCUUUUAUUUUUAUUUUUAUUUUCAACUUUCUAAUCUUCCUCUCAGUUGAAACACCACCGCCCAUCAUCUUUUGUUUUCUUUCGAAGGUUGGUUCACAAAUCACAAUCUCCGUCUUUGAUCUUGAACUGUGUUUUUGAUGGGACUUUUUCUAUAUUUUGAUCUGGGUUCUUUAUUUUGAUGCAUCGAGAUAGGUGAUUUUUUAAAGUUUUCCCUUUUUCUUUUUGGUUCUGAAUCUUAUCUGUGUGUUUGAUCGAAAAUUUCAGUAAAACUAGAUGGGGCAAAUAUGGGUGAAAAUUUUGGUUUUUUUUCUUUCUUUCUAACUUAUUAAACAAACAUGGGAUCUGAGACAAAUGCAUCAGUGAAGACAUCUUUUGGCAGGUCUUGUGUUCCGAAGACGAAGGGAAAGGUUCCUAAAAGAGUUCACAAAGCUGAGAGGGAGAAGCUCAAGCGUGAGCAUUUGAAUGAGCUCUUCCUUGACCUGGCAAAUGCUCUCGAUCCGAAUCAGCCGAACAAUGGGAAGGCCUCUAUUCUUUGUGAAGCAACUCGACUAUUAAAGGAAUUGUUCGGUCAAAUCGAGUCCCUCAAAAAGGAAAACGCUUCUUUGGUAUCUGAAUCUCACUAUGUGAACGUCGAGAAGAAUGAGCUGCAGGAGGAGAAUUCCACCCUGGAAACUCAAAUACGGGAGCUGAAAAGUGAGAUCGGAACAAGGCUUUCUCAAUCUAAGCCCGACUUGAACGAACCUCCUCCAUUGCCAUCACAGUUUCAUGGAGAUCAUCCUGGUUUGCCUGCUGUCGAGCCUGUUCCGCAACAACCAUCGGCUCUCCUUGUUGUUCCAAUUCAUCCCGAUAUUCAGACUUAUCCGACGCCCGAUCCGGGCACACAACAACAACCUGCCCCUAAAACGAACUGUGUUGUCAGUAAACCACAUGCUCGAUAUCCGACCCCGGCAGAUUCAUGGCCUUCCCAACUUCUUGGGAAGCAAUAAUGACUAACAAAAGUUGAGUGUGUAAACCCAAGCCAACUUGUAAAUUUCACUGCAAAAUUCUGAACUUCCUUUUCUUUUUUUUUUUUUUUGGGGGGCUUUUGAUUUAAAAUUAGGAUGGGCAAACCCUUUGUAAAAAAUAGCAUGUUUUGGAUGUGCAUGGGGAUGAGUUAAUAACUGAGAUCCAUUUAGCUACCUUUGCUUCGUUAGUUAUUGAUUAUAUUUCUACUUUGGCUGGGACAACCACCUAAUCAAAUUCAUCCUUGGUUAAUUUUAA